GUAAAAAGACGCACAGUAGUUGGUCGGAUUAGAAUCGCGAUGGAUCAGUCCGUUAGCGGAUCGGACAUGAAUCUUACAAACGGCAGCACCGGUAUGGAUUCCGACGCGGAGUCAGACACCUACAGCGAGGGGGGAGACGUGGUGGGAGAUCUCAGCGCCGACAAGCUGGACCCGGCCGAAAGGGUCCUGUACGAGAAGCUGAAGCAGCAGGAGAGGGAGGAGAGGGAGGAGAUAGAGAGGGAGCUACAGGAGCACGAGGAGGCGCUGGUCCUGCACAACUCCCAGCUCCGCGCCAGGGAGAAGGAGAUGCACCUGGUACAGGAGCGCAUGCAGCAGCGGUCAGAGCGGGAGCUGGAUCUGAGCACUGGCGGAGCAAGGGGCGGGGUUAGUCUGCCGGGAAAACCCCCCGGAGUACCCACAGCACCGGCGUCCGUGGUGGGUGUGACGUCAGUGGCCAACACGAACGGGGGCUCUGUCGGAGGGGGUAGUGGUAUCAUUGACAGCAUGAGCAGCAGCAUUACAACAGGGAGUGUUGCUCCCAACGGGGCGGACAUGUUGAACAGUAUUAACAAUAACAACAACAACAGCAACAGUAACAACGGGAGUUGUAACAAAAACGGUAGCGGUAUCAGUAACAGUAACAAUAACAACAAUGUCGGCAGUGUUGGUAACAAUAAACCCAGCAACGCCAGUGGCGGCGGUAGCAGCAGCAGCUCCAGCACACCCUCGGUCGGCAGCAGCGGCGGUGGGGGCAGCAACAGGAUCAACAGCCACGGACCGCCGCUCCCGGAGAGCAACGGUGACGUCAUGGGAAAUAACAAACUAUCGGCGUUCCCCGAGGAUUUCCGCGCCCACCUCCACAACAGCGCCAACUUCUUGUCGUCGUUCCCCCUGGGCCACCCUCUGGCCCACGCCCACCUGGCGCUGGGCGGCCAUCUACUGGGCAGGGAGAUGAAAGGACUGGAGGCGGUCAACCCCUUCCACCCGCUCCUGCCUAAUCACAGCGCGUUCCCGAGCCCGCCGUCCCCCGUGGAGCGCUACCCGCCGGCCCCGACCACGCCCCACUCGCCCAUGGGGAGUUUGCAGCCUUCACCUUCACCCGAUGACCCCAACGGCGAGAACCGGUCACACAACUGGACGUUUGAGGAGCAAUUCAAACAGCUUUACAGUUGCAAGGAACCUAUACAAUUUCUCACUUUUUAUUUCUUCUCUCUUGUUCUUCUAGGAACCCCUGUCAACCGCAUCCCUAUCAUGGCCAAGCAGACCCUGGACCUGUACGAGUUGUUCCGCCUGGUAGUGUCCAAGGGUGGUUUGGUGGAGGUCAUCAACAAGAAACUGUGGAGGGAAAUCACCAAGGGACUCAACUUACCCUCCUCCAUCACCAGCGCCGCCUUCACUCUACGCACGCAAUACAUGAAAUACCUGUACCCAUACGAGUGUGAGAAACUCAAACUGAGCAAUCCUUCCGAGCUGCAAGCGGCUAUUGACGGAAACAGACGAGAAGGUCGGAGGUCAAGUUACGGCUACGACAUGUCCCCAGGUCCCACGCUGGUCCCCGCCAGCCACCCACUCAACGGCGGACUUAUGAACGGCAAGCUUGGCAGAACGUCUCCCAUGUCAUUUGAGAACGAACGUCCCGAUGUACGACAUCUUGCAAGCAGCAACGCCCAGACCCUGGCUUUGAACCCAGCCCUUAUGCCGCUCAGUCAUCACAUCUACAGCAGCAUGAUAUCUGAAAAGCUUCGACACGCUUCACCCAAUGACGGCCGGUCAGAGAUAGACACAUCCUUGGUGGUCAGCAUGGAGAUCAACGGCAUCAUGUAUCAGGGAGUCCUAUUCGCUCAGCACCCACAUCGGCUGGGCGUAGGAGUGUGAGACACAACACAACUGCCCCGCCCGACCCACCCCGUCAGACUACUUUGUCCAGAUUAUUGUAAUGAUAAGUGACACUGGCUCAACUUUGAUUUCGUCGAUGAAAACGCGAAACUUCGAUCGAAACUCGGGAAUUCGUGAAAACUCUACGCCAUGGUCCCCUGCCGGCGUGACUCUUGUGUUUCGGAAACUGUUUUGCAGACACGCAAUGGAAUGAAGUUUCUAUUUAUACAGACCAUAGUGUUAUGCUUGAAGGAAGAUGUGUUUCAGUUGGUUCAUACAUGUGUUGGUUGAAGAAUUUGAAAGCUGCAAGUGCUCUGAAUAAACUUUAAUAUUUGGAGUGUCGAUGGCUUUGAGUUUGUUUACAAAGUUUAGCUGAAGUUUUGUUUCGCUGAUAGGUGUAGUUAAAUCACUGUACGAUGCUGACACCACAGUGAAGUGAUGCACUCGAGCAGUUGGCGGGGUCGAUGAUUGGAAAAAAA